AGUUGUUGGCCAUCCAGGUAAUCUCCGUGCCAGGCCAUCUUGUCGCUGGAUUCACAGUGAAUUGGACGCGGCGUAGUGAUGAACUGGUGAAGCGUCUGGUGGAAUUGGCAUCGCCCAAGGAAGCUAUUACAGGCUGUUGCAUCAGGCUCUAGUGUAGCUCAACAAAACAUGAAGUUAACGCUGGUUGUGUGUGGUUUUCUGUUCGGUUUGAUAUUGGCGCCCAUCGAUGGCCGACUAAAGUACGCGGAGGUGUUUCCAAGCGAUGCGUUCCAGAAGCUCGGCGACUCGGAAGGUCCGCCGGUGCGUGACCCAUCCGAAUCUGGGCCAGGCAAGCAAACGGAACCAUCGGAACCGACCGACGGGGGACCACUGAACUGUUUCCCGCUGGCCGACCGACUGCACAAGUACGACUGGGCCCGGUACUAUCUGCGCCAUCUGGCGGCGGGCUCGGCAAAGGCUGCCGGGUACUCACCGGCGUCGCCGGGCAUCGCAGAGGAGCGCCCCGAAGCGGCGGACGGCUCCAGCAUGGCCGGGUUCGUGACGCGUAAGCGUUCCGACUUUAACCGGGAGAUAUCGACCGACCUGUAUGCCCAGUACCCAUCGUCCUGUGCGUGCCAGACAAAGUACGAGCUGCUCGAUCUUGGCUACACGCACUUCCCGCGCUACAUCGUGAAUGCGAUCUGUCAGAACCGGAGUGCCAACAGCCGGAAGUGUUGGCGCGGCUCCAGCUGCAAGGAGAUCCCGUACAAGGUGCGGGUGCUGACCAAGCGGUCGGACAACGAGUCGGGCGAGCAGGACCACCACUCCACGCUGCUGCCGGAGCCGCUGCGCGAGUACUGGCGCUUCAAGACGGUCACCAUUGCGGCCGCCUGCCAGUGCUCGAUCUGACGGUCCACCGUGGACGCCCGGGCUUUCGGUCGCAUCGAUCCCAGCCCGGAACGAUAACCGGAAUAGGAGGGCGUUUCAGCGGUGCCGUCCUGAGGUUGCUCCAAUACACUGUCAACUUGUCCGCUACCCAGGCUUUGCUUUUACUGUGCCAAAAAUGUGAGGUAGGUCUCCGUUUGCCACUCGACGUCUGUGAGGUGUGUGUGUGUGUGCGGUGUCUUUCUUUUGGGAAGAACGGAUACCACUAGAAUAAUUAUCGUGGUCUUCUUAAUAAAGCAACCUGUCUGAUGUGUCUCAUACGGAAAGAUA